UGCUAUCUGCACAAAAGGGCUGGCGACUUUCCGAACAAUAUGAAGGAACAGGCAGUGCCAACCAAGGGAAAAUCGGAAGAAGUUAUACAAUCAGAUACAGAAAAUGGUGGAAACUCUCAUGCUGAAACUUUAUUCCAGCUGAGUUCGUUAGGCGAAUUACUCAGAGACAGCAUCGAAGCUGGAGAAUUAGUGACGAAAAGGAACUGGUGGAGUAAAAAGUCUAAAUCUCCACCACCAGAUCCCAGAGAAUUUGGCAUAGACGAUAACAUAGGAUCAUUUAUGUCAUGGAACAAAGACGACUUCCAGGACGAUCAAGAAAUGAACGAAAGAAAUAGGUUAAAUUCAAAAUUGCCACAUAUUCUACAAAAGCAAAAAAGGUUAGAAGAAUUUGACAAAGCCGAAAAAGUGAGAAUAGCUAAGCAAGAUAAGGCACUUGAUGAAAUUGACACUUUAUUAGCAAAGUUAGAAAAAGAAGAACAAAAGAAUGUAAAGAAAUCAUAUAUUACAAAGCAAAACAAGCCAAACACAAAGGAUGAUAUGUUGAAAUGGGACGAUGACCAAAACCGUACAAACCUUCAGAAACCAAUCACAUAUCAUGAUUCUUUAACGGACAGUUUAGAUAAACUUCUUGAAGAUAUAGAAGAGCAAAUAGAUGACAGAUUAUAAGAAUAGUUUUUUUUUCAAAUUGUUAAAUAAAAUUUUGUUACUUACAAGUUAUAA